UCCCGCUAUUAAAUUGUUGCCAAGAAGUGUUUCAAUUUAGCCGUGAACUCCAACUUGUGCCGGACCACCAUUACGCUCCACGUUCAAACAUAAAUUCUUCAGCUGAAAAAAAAAAAAACGUGUCCAAUCAAGUCGCUCAAACCGAAUAUAUAAAUUCAUUUUUUUGCAUCUUUGCCGGUCACAUCUGUAGAUCGGAGAUUGGGGGUACGGAGAAAGCUAUUUGGCCAAAAGUCUACAACCCCAUUGUUUAUUAACAAGUCCAGGUUAUUGAAAAUUUAAAGCAAGUAGGAAUAAAAGACAGGGCCCAUUUCUUAUUUAUUAUAGCCGGAGGUUUACAGUAGCUGUUUUACAUACGUCGGGUCUGACUGUUUGAAGUGAUUCGUGUCUGACUUUGAGUGAUAUAAAUAUUAAAUGUGGGCUUUAUUAAAAGUGUGCGAAACAUAAACUAUUUUGCUGUUUUCGUUUUCAUACAAUUUCGAAAAAUGAUAUUAAAUCACCAACAUUUUUGGAUUCCUAUAUUAAAAAUUUGUUGGGUCGUAUGUUAACAGAAAUGAGGGAUUAUUGGAUAUAAAUCAAAACAAUUGGAUUUAAUACGGAAUAAUAAUUUUUUUGAUAAUUUAUCGUAAGGCAAUAAAGAACAAACAUUGACAGGAAAUGUAAAUAAUGUUAUUAAAUUGUUCUAUGCAUAGGGGCAGUUCGAAGGUAAUUUAUAUUUCAAUUUGCACAAUCGACGUUUUAUGUUUUUCAUGCAUAAGUAUUUAUUUUUUGUCACAACUCAUCCAGAUACAAAAAUGCUGUGUUAAUUUUCCGAAUUAACAACAAAUUUAUCUGUUUAUUAGGUGAUCAAAUCAUGAUUAUUUAAAUAGGGUUGAGUGCUCUUCUAUAUGCUAAUGUUCGAAAAUAUAUUGCACAUUGAAUUAUUUGAUCAAACUUUUUAAAUUAUAAUGCAAGUUUACAUUGUCACGGCACUUUGUAUUUUAUAAACACUAAAUUAAAACGUUUAGUAAACUUUUCCACAGGAGAAAGUUUUAUGAGGAAAGUUUUUAUUGUUCUAGAAUAGGGGACACAAAAUACCGCAUCGAGAAGUUACAGUUUUAAAUAUAUGCCCAAAAUUACGUGUAUACACUUUAAAUGAUGGAAUAUUCAUGAACGUACAAGAGAAGCAUGAAAAUGCGUAAUGUUUUUCAAAUUUUUCGUCUGCAAGUGGGGAUGUAUCAACUAAUAUUGCUACAUCAACUUGUUAUGGCAUGAAAACACUGAAAGCAGUGACAAUGUGACUAACAAGACAUACAUCUAAGAGUAUGACAUUUUUUUAAUUAAAAUUUUUCUAUUCAUCUAGUGGUAAAAAAUAGUUGGCCUUAUUGUUUCCUCACAGUGGUGGAAAAGACGAAACCAAGUCUGCCAAUCCCUAAAAAGGCGGCAAGUUUAAAUUUCUUCAUUAUUUUCUAAUUGCAAACUCAUUUCAUUGAUAUUUAAUAGAUAUUUCAGUUUAUAUAUCAGUUAAAAAAUAAAAAAAAAAAACAUGGAUUUUAUUAAUUUAUUAAAAAAUCACCACUUUUCAAACACCUGGACCAUUAGUUGGUCCAAAAUCUAGAGUGUGUUUACUGUCAAAUUUCAAAAUCAAGCAUACCGUCUCCAGUACUACAAGGAAACCUGGGCGACGAACAAACAAACUUAUUUACUGCAGGUUUAGACCAUCGACAAUCACCAUGAGUAACUCGAAACCCACCAAGGGCAGCUGGGCCGACGAGGUGGAGGCGGAGGAAAAGCUGACGCUGCCGUCGGUGGUUUACGGGCCCGGAGUGAAAACGGUGACCGAAUUCAAGGUCAACGAUAAAAACCAAAUGGUGAAGAUCAUCCGCACCUUCAAGUUGGAAAGGACGGUGAUGUCGAAGAGCGUGGCGCAAAGAAGGGCGUGGAAGAAGUUCGGCGAUUCGGCCGAAGAUCCGGCCGGACCGAAUCCCGCAACCACCACCGUCGGCGAGACGGUUCUGAUGAAGCUGUUCAACAACAACGAGAGCGAUUUCCAGUUGGAGGACGAUGCAAUGAACAAGCUAAAGGAGCUUAAGGACAGGAAGGUAAGGUGCCGCACGUGUAACGGGGAGCACUGGACCGCCAGAUGUCCCAACAAGUAUAUGCUGAAUGCCGACAAGAGCGGCCAGGAGCCGGCACCGCCGCCGGCGAAGGAACCUGCUGCUGGCAGGUACGUACCACCGAAGCGCAAGGGCGGAUCUACGAAAAGGGAAGAGUUCAAGGCGAACAUUAAGAUCGACAAUCUCAGCGUGGACGCGACGCAAGAUGAUUUGAAGGAUUUGGUGGCUUCGUUUGGGCAGAUACUGAAGGUUCAUAUCCCCAAACACAGGAGGACCAAUGAACCUAUGGGUUUUGGGUUCGUUAAUUUCAAAUACAGAAAGGAUGCUGCUAGAGCCAUCAAGGGACUUAACGGACACGGCUACGAUCAUUUGAUUCUGUCUGUCGCUUGGGCCAAGUAGAACAUUUCGUGGCAGGAGUUUUCAUUUAUUAAUUUAACAUUUAAGUUGUUUAUCUCUAAUAUCCUUAGUAUUUAGUUGUAUUAGUUUUAA